AUGACACGUGCACUACAUUACGUGUUCAAAAUUACUAAUCGGAAAACAAGCCGUGAUUUUUUCGUCAAUAUUCUAAAAAUGAAGGUUCUACGACAUGAAGAAUUUGAGGAAGGUUGUAAAGCUACGUGUAAUGGACCAUAUGCCGGUAGGUGGAGUAAAACGAUGGUCGGUUAUGGAAGCGAAGAUGAUCAUUUCGUACUGGAAUUAACGUAUAACUAUGCAGUCAGUUCAUACAAGUUGGGUAAUGAUUUUGGAGGGAUCUGUAUUCAAUCAACGGAUGUAUUUGAAAAUUGCAAAAAUUACCCGAUGGCUGUCAUUAUGGCGAAUGGGGAAGUGGAAGUUGAGGAUCCUGAUGGACAUAAAUUUUACAUUUUGCAACAUGAUCCUGAAUCAGCUAAUGCAGAUUCGAUUUAUAAAGUGAAAUUAAAUACACCUGACUUAAACAAAACCGUAGAUUACUGGACUAAAUUACUGAAUUUUACCACGAUCAAACACAAUGAAAACUGUUUUAUUACGUCAAUUAGCGAAAAAAAAAAGUUCGAAUUGGAAUGGAACCUCAUUAAUGCUAGAAUCGAUCGCUGUACCGGUUUUGGUAGGAUAGCUUUUGCUGUUCCGGUGAAAGAAUUAGAACCGAUACAAAAGAAGAUGGAGGAAACGAUGCAAAAGGUUUUGACUCCUUUAAUAAAGCUAGAUACUCCCGAUAAGGCAGCCGUUCAGGUUAUCAUUCUUGCUGACCCAAAUGACCAUGAGAUUUGUUUUGUUGGUGAUGAAGCUUUUCGAGAAUUAUCACGGAUUGACCUAGAUGCAGAUGCGAAACUGCUGAAAGCAAUCAAUAAUGACAAAAGUGGAAAAUACAAAAUACCCCCUUAG